AUGAAUAAAAUCCUCUUUGAUUACGAAAUAAGAAGUUUACUCUUUAGCAGUUUAUUUUAAAACCAACCGACAAUCGACAUAAAACUAAGAUUUUCGAGAGGGAAUAAGGACGUAGAAUAAUUGAGAAGACGAGUUAUUUAUUUUGGUUUUCGAAAUGCCUCCUACUCGGAUACCAUCACCAGCUCGAUCGCUGAAAGUCAGAACUCCAAGGAGAUACAGGAAAAGAAAAACAAGAAGUGUUGCAUCCCCAACUCAUUCAGAUAAUUCAAUUAAGCUGACUUCUAUGAUGCCUGAUAGAAUUUCAAUACUAACAGACAAUACAGAUGUUGAUAUUGAUGCUAAUAACAGCUGGUGGAAAAGACUGAGUGAUAAUACAAUUGAUGUGGAUAUGAUAGAAUGUAAUCAUUUGGCUGGAACCAAUAACAUACUGGAUCAACUUGAUGUAGAAAUUCUUAGUCAAGGCCAAAAUAAUAAUGAAUCAAUGAAUAUACCAGACAGUAGUGACAGCGAAUAUAUUGAUAGUAUUGUUGUCCCAAAUCGUAAGCUGUUUGGGCACAAUGGGAAUGCUGAAGGCAAAAAUUUCCAAAAUUUCAUUAAAAAUAGAGAAAUCCUCAAUAAAACUCAGAUAAAUGAAACUGUGCCAUGCAUUGCCAGUGCUGUUGAAUGUAAUGUUGACGCUAGGGUUAAAACUCUAUUUGGUCACCGACUAAACACAACAAAAUCUGCUUUCCGAGCUAAAUUAAUGAAUGAAUUAUCUAAUAAAACAUUGACAGAUAAAACAAGUGAAAGUGUUUUAACAGAGCAUCGAUCAAAAACACGUAAUAUUUUUGGCUUUAAUGCACCAAAACAAGCAAAAGAUACAGAAAGGACUAAGCAUAAAAAUAAGUAUUUUGAAUUUGUUGACUCCGGUAGUGAGGAGGAACUACCUGAAAAACGUUCGAAAAUCUUUGGUUUUAAAGGAACACAAAAACCAUCAAAUGAUUUCGCUUAUACAAAUUGUGAUUUGAAUUCGCCGAUUUCCACUGCAACAGAUAGUGAAAUGGAAGAAUGGAUACUCUUGCCUUCUUCAACAAUGAUAGGUCAUCAGCUGGAAGUAGGGUCACCUAAGAGUAAAAGACAAAUAAAUGUAUCUUUAAAUAAUACUCAAGAAAAUUGUAAUGAUAGUGUAGAAAAGGUACAAGUAAGUCAAGAAACAGACAAUAGGAAGACAAUUACAAAUAUACAAGAUGGUGGUAGUCUUGAAGAAAGAAAUAACAUUUCAGCUGCACCAACUUGUGAACAGGAUGAUCAAUUAUCUGCACUCGAACAUACACUUAAGUCCAUUCAUAGUGUUAGCAAAAAUGUAACAAGGAAUAAUUUACAGCAAACUAGCAAUGAUAGCACUAAUAAUCAAAAUAAAUCACUUGAAGCUACUACCAAUGUUACAUUAGACAAUGACAAAACUUUAAAGCCUCAAGAUCAGAGGACUUCCAAAAAUGUUUCCAAGUCCAAUACUGAUAAGAACAUGUCAUCAAAAGAAAAAUCAAGAAUAAAAAAUCAAACGUCAAAUGAUUUACAACAAAGAAGCAGUAAUAAGAGUAUGAAAAACAAAACAUUUGAAGUAAGUUGCAGCGACACCAGUAUUCAAAAUGAAUCUAUUGAGGCUAUUCGCCAUUGUAAUACAAAUGAACACAAAUCUUUGGACUUUCAAGAUCAUCAUCACACUAGCAUUGUAAGAGCAAGUAUGACUCUUAAUAAUAGUAAAAUAAGAGCGAGUCAAGAUACAAAACAGAUGAAAGAAAGAGACUAUGCGUCACUUCAAAACUGCACAGAAAAUUCUAGUGCCAAUAUGUCAGGUUGGGAUUCUCACAGAAUAACGCGUAAAAGUUUGCGGAAGACUUUUGGCAAAGAUUUCACGCUCAGAAAAUCAUUGCGUACAUUAGUUAUGGAAAAAUCUGCUAGAAGACAAACAAAUUUUGACGAACUGACUAAAUUGCCUAUUGCUAAUUCUACAGAAUAUCCUCAUCUUGAAAAUUCUUUAGUGGAAAAUGCAGAGAAUCGCCAAAAUAUGGAUGUAGAUAUUGAACAAAAUGUAGAAAACCUAAGUAAUGAAAUAAAUGAAAAUAUGGAUAAAAGUCAAGCAAAAGACAAUUCAAUUCAUGGAAAUAAGCUCUGUUUUGGUACUAUACCAUGUUCAGAUGGUAACAAUGACAGAAAAGACGACCAGAAAUAUAAAUCUGAAAAUCAAAUUGAAGGGGGUGUAGAAAAUGAUAAAGAAACAGAAAAACUUAAACAAACAGUAGCGCAAUUAGACAAUGCAGCGGAUUUAGACCAAGAAGAGCAAUCUCAACAAGAGGAAAUACAUCAAGUGGUAUCCGAACAAGAAGAGGAUUCAGGACAAGAAGAUGAAUCAGAAAAAGAAGAGGAAUCACAGCAAGUGGAAUCGGAACAAGAAGAGGAAACAGUACAAAAUAAAGAUUCACAACAGGAGGAAUCACAACAAAUAGAAUCAGAACAAGAAGAGGAAUCAGACCUUAAAGAGAAUUCACAACACCUUGAAUCAGAACAACAGGAAUCACAACGAGUUGAAUCAGAACAAGAAGAUCUACAACAAGAUGAAUCAGAGCAAGAGGAAUCACAAGUUGAAUCAGAGCAAGAGGAAUCACAAGUUGAAUCAGAGCAAGAAGAAUCACAACAAGUUGAAUCAGAGCAAGAGGAAUCACAAGUUGAAUCAGAGCAAGAGGAAUCACAAGUUGAAUCAGAGCAAGAUGAAUCACGACAAGUUGAAUCAGAACAAGAGGAAUCUCAACAAUCCGAAUCAGAACAAGAUCAGGAUUCACAACAAGAACAGGAUUCGCAACAAAUGGAAUCAGCUCAGGGUGAAAGGGGAGAAGAAGAAUCAUCAAGACAGAGGGAAAAGGAGGCUGGAGUUGGAGAUUCGGAUGACAAUUCAGUGCCUAAUGGAGAUGUAUUUAGUGAUAAUGAAAAUGAAUAUUUUAGGAAUUGGAACUUAGCGCAUGAACCAGCACACCAUAAUGACGAAGAACACAGAUCAGAGAAAUCUAUUCUUACGCCGCGAACGAAACGGACUAAAUUAGAAAUGUACGUGGAGAAGAUUAAGGCUGAGAAUAGUGCGAUAUUACGUAAAUUGAAAGAAGAAGUACAUCAGUCACUCGAGGCUAACAAAAUGAAGUGUGAUUAUGAUUUCAAAGUACCACACAGACCGGAAAUAAGGCAAACUAAGAUUGUUAAAACUAGACCAAAAAUUAAACGCCAGCAGCCAAAGAACUUUUUGGUGCCUUUAGAUAAUUUGCCUAAAGAAGUACUGAAGGAUUUCGCGUAUAAGCCGCCUAAGAGAUACCAACCACCUAAAGCAUCCUGGGCGACAAAGAGGUUAUAUAAUUUUCUAGAAACCAAAUUGGAACCAAAAUACAGUUAUAACGCCCGAAUUCGCGCGGAAAGAUUAGUUGAGAUGUUUUACGAGUUGACGCGGGAAAUACGACGCCUUGAGGUGGCGCCAAAAGCGACCGUGGACACGCUCAAACACGAGAUGGCGAGAAUGGGAGUUGUCAACACGCAUUUUGACUUCUACGAGUUCUUUAAGGAUUUUAUGCCAAGGAUGGUUAGGAUCAAGGUUGUGCCAGACAUUGUAAAUAAUAUUGACCUACCCAGGAAUGGUUUAUUUUCAAGUAUAAUAAAUGAUGUCUGAGAAAUUGAUGUGGAAUGAAAAAAAAAAAAUAUCCCACACCAGGGACUAAGGUACACAUAACAUUGUAGUAGGUGGGGUUUGAACUACCCUCAUAUUGUAAUGAAGUAACCAAAUUAGUACUUCAUAACUGUAAUGAAAAAGGAAAUUUAUUGUAAUAACAGCUAAUAAUGAACGGUAUUAAAUAAAACUUAUUUUUAUGCAUAUUUUCAAA